AUGGAGCGCCGCGCCGAGCCCUCCUUCGUCUCCGACGCCCUCGUCCCCGGCUCCGACGCCCUCAUCCCCGCCCUCGUCCCCGACUCCGACGCCCUCAUCCCCGCCCUCAUCCCCGGCACCGACGCCCUCGUCCCCAGCUCCGACGCCCUCAUCGAUCCCCGCCACCGACGCCCUCGUCCCCGGCACCGACGCCCUCCUACCGCCUUCGUCUCCUACGCCGAGCACCCCUGGUACAAGCCGUUGUCCACGGCCGGCGACGGCGAGGAGGCCGGGAAGAAGCUGCCGGUGCUCGUCCACUUCCACGGCGGCGGCUUCUUCCUGGGUUCGUGCACGUGGGCGAAUGUGCACGUGGACUGCCUCCGCCUUGCCACGGAGGCCGGCGCCGUCGUGCUCUCCGCGGAGUACCGCCUCGCGCCCGAGCACCGCCUCCCCGCAGCUGUCGACGACGGCGUGGGUUUCCUGAGGUGGCUGCAUGCACAGUGA